CAACAGAGCAGCUGUAGGAAACAUCUAAUCCUCCAGGACCAAAUCCAAGGUCAGACCCAGGACCAGAGAUUGCCCACCGACCAGCACCAGAACCAGGCCUGCAAACCCGGAGCAGCCCGUCCAGCAUGUCAGAGUCCAUCAGAAGAAAGAACUCCAGCAGACAGCUCCUGCAGAACCUCAUCAGUUUGACGGCUCAGCGGAGCCAGGAAGAUGCUGAGGAGGUGGAGCGGGAACGAAGGAGGAGAGCCAGAGAGACACAGAGAGGGGAAGGGAGCCCCUCUUGGCCCGAGCCCCCGCAACAAUCUGAGCACACACACAACACAGAGCUGGACGAGGAGCUGAAGCCCAGAUGCCUGGUUCUGGAGGAGGACGAGGGCUUCAGCGACUGGAGUCACAGGUUGGAGAAUCGUCCUGAGCAGGAGGUGCAGGAUGACUGCAGGGCCCGAGUGCAGAGACCUUCAACACAACAGAGGAAACCAGGGACUAAAGAGGAGAAACAGCAUGAGGGUGAAGAGCAGAAACAGCAUGAGGGUGAAGAGCUGAAACAGCAUGAGGGUGAAGAGCAGAAACAGCAUGAGGGUGAAGAGCUGAAACAGCAUGAGGGUGAAGAUCAGAAACAGAAGGGAAGUAAAGAGAAGGAGGGAUGUGAGCCAGAACACAGCAGUCGGUCACAGGAAACUUCAGCAAGACCUCCAGAGAAGAUGCCCAGCAACAGAAAGGAAGUCAGGACAUCUUUCAGCUCCAUGGUCUUCCUGCCACAGGACAACAGAUCGCAGUACGCCACGGGCCAACCAGCAGACAGGACGUCCUACCUGGCGGCCGGGACGAUGAAGCCACGCGGAGGAGCCUGCAGGGUGGAUGGGGAGCAGGAGCAGGAGGAGCAGAAGCAAAGGGAAGAGGUACAGGCUGCUCUGCAGAUGGAGUGGAGAUCAGCAGGAACCAGACAGAACCCCAGAGAUGAAGAUGCCCAGGAGGAAGAAGAACUGAGUUUCACACAUGUAAUGAAGGACGACCUCCAUCACAGUCAGGAAGAAAAACACAGGGAGGAGGAGAGGGAGGAGGAGGGAGAGUGCAAGCUUCCAGAGAAGAGGUCAAUGGAGAGCGCGAGAAGUGAGGAGGUGAACAGAGGAUCAGUCGCCUCUCUUUGCAGCAGCAGCGAAGGCGAGGAGCCGUUAAACUACGGCCCCAUGAGCCCCACAUUCAAGAAACUCCUCAUUCAGUUUUACCCAGAUGAAGCAAACAGCAGAGUCCCCACCGACAGCAAAUGUAAGAUCAUAGAGAGAACUGAAUCCCUGAGGAAAAGCACGGGCAGCAUAAAGAAGACGCUGUCACCUGUUGCUGUAUCUAAGAUUGACAAGAAACUGGAGCUGUAUACUCAUGCUCUUGAGGUCUCCUCAAAGGAAGGCAGAUCCUGCAGCCAGGUGCUGACAGAUCUGACGAGUCCCGCUGAAGCCGUCUCGUCCAAGAAGAACCUUUUUGAGGCUGGGGAAGCUUGGAAGCAAAACGUCAUCUCAGUCACACCAUCUAAGGAUGCAGAUGGUUUAAAAGUGGGCGUGGCCAAUCUCAUUAAUCAGUGGGUGAAAGGAAGUGAAGAUGGGAGCAGGUGCAGCUCACCUUGUAGACAGGGAGAAAGUUCAACUGGUAAAAGAUAUAAGUUUAUGGUGACGGGUCACGGCAAGUAUGAGAAGGUUCCUGUGGACAGCAACAGUGAAGAUGCAAACUGCGAGUCAGCUGGACCAUUCUAUGAAGAUCUGUGAAACACAUGCUGGACUUUUGGAUUAUGAAAACCAACAUUGAUACUGCACACAUUGUAGCCACUAUCACUUCAUCAUUUUCUGUUAAUCGAGCUUUAAGUUGAAAAAUCAUUUUCUAAUUAUACAUUUCUUGUGACACUUCUCAUUUUAUAGCAGGUAGUAAGGCAAAGAGUGAAUGUUUUUUUCUGUUUGUGCUUCCCAUGUAUUCCGUAGACCUUUUUUAUACUAAUAUAAUUAAACACAUUUAUGUUGUUUGACUUAUCAACAGUAUAGCUAUUGGCGGGUUUCUGCCUUUACUUCAUUUGUCGUUUGAUGUGUAGGCAAACGUUUUGUUAUCUUACUCCUACUGUGUUCCUAGUAUAGCAUAUACAGCUGCUUCCCAACUGUACUCAUUUAAACAGUGCAAAUGGCUCAAAGACACGUCUGCAGCUCAUUAGCAGGUUUAAGAUUCUUAAUUGGGUCCUGAAGAUGUUGCUCAGCUACAAGGAGUGUCACAAUUGGAAAUAGAAAGGCAUGUCAAGCUAUAACUUAUGGUGAGGCUUCUUUGAAAUGAUGACAAACUACUUGUGAAAAUAGUCUCUCAAGGAGACUGUCGGAUUUAAAAAUGACCUCUGCAGGAAAUAAAAGUAAACCCAAAGGAGGAUGAUUGACAGGUACAGGAGGGUGACUGUUUGUGCAGGAAGGAGGGGUGGCAGCAUUAAGCUAAUGUUCAUAACCAAAGCAAAUUUGAAAUAUGAGCAGCAGUAAAUUGGGACCAAAUUCCUCAGUCAUUAGCAUUACAAGCAAACUAUAAGAAGGUCAAAGGUCAGAAGCAUAAUAAACUGACAAUAAAUCUUAUACACAUUCCUCUGCAACCACGAUUUAAAUAGACAAAGAUGAUUUUAGGUCUGUAGUUUUCGUCAGUUGAUUUUCACAUAUAACAUAUGAAAACAAAAUAUAUUUUAUAUUUAAACGUGACAUUUAACAAUGGUUAGUUUUUUUACUUGGUUUGCUACAGAGGCAACCUGAGCUGAAUUGUUUCCCUUUUCUUCUGGUUAUUGGGAAAGAUCUCGGGGUAACACUAGAUAAGGUCUAACUUCUAAUUUUAGAUCCAGGGAAAUAAGAGCAAACACCCUGACACCGAGCACCUGCUGCCUGCUAUCCCACACUCACACAAACAACCUCAGUCUGCUGGAAAACCCAAAUCCUCUCAGAGCUGCUCCGACUGUGAGCUUAGCCUCAUGUUUCAGAGCGAUGAUUAUCUUAAAUUGUCCUAUUAUGUAAUGUUAGUAAUAGUUUGAUCUGAAAGAAGAAAGAUAAUUUUACCCAAUGGGACAUUUUCUAUAAGUUUGACAAAAUCUGUUUUAAAUAUUUAAAUAUGUAAGUUGCAGCAUAGUUAUAACUCCUGGGAGUUGCUGUCCCUGUCUUGAAAAAUAAAAGCUGAGAGGGUUUGACCUCGGUAUGAGCAAAAUGUUUAAAAUGAAUCCCUGUUGUCAAAGGGACUCCUGAAGUCAGAGUGACAAGGAGGGCAGCUGAACAUGAGAAGUCCCCCUUUUAUGGCUCUGGGGUUGUAUAUCUGGGAGGCUUCUAUUGGAGCAGCUCAAAAGGGGAAAGUAUAAGAUUAGCUUAGUGAUAGCAAUGGGCCUUGACCUCUAUCUAUCCAGCUUUAAAGAACUUUAAACAAAUUGAGGACAAGUUCUUUGUUACCCAUCACAUUGCUUCAAUAUCAAUCUGAGCAGCACUUACCUAAGGUGGGAAAAGGUGUUGUUUUGUUUUGUUGGGUAGGCUGCAAAAAAGUUUGGAGUUAAAGUUAGCAACCGAAAAAAAUGAAAUAAUUUAAAGUAAAAGUGAAAGGCCAUUAUAAUUAAUCUGCAGGAUUUUUUUAUUUCUGUCUCAUGCAUACAAUUACCUGUCAUUAAUCAUACAACAUGGGAAACAAUGCUUUGCAAUCACGUCUUCUCACAGAUAUAAUGUCUGAAAUGCAUCAUGCGUUUAAGAUUUCAGACCGUGCACGUGCUUCUAUCAAAUCCAAUGCACCGUUUGCAGGUUAGCACCUGGCUAAUAGGUCAGGAUAACUUCUGCAGUACCACCAUCUUGUCAAUCAACAGACACUGAGUUUGACUGGUUUACCUUUGGCGAGCCGCUGUCGGGACAAACUGCUCUCUGCUUGUUAAUCCCGGCUCAGAGUGCCAUAGGGCCACUCAUCCUGAAGUGAACUGAAGCCUUAGGGAGCAAGCCACCGUGCCGUGGCCACUCCAAAAAUAAAACAGUUGCCUUCAGUGUAUGUUGCAGUGGCAGGGGGUUUCCAGGCCACCUGAGAUGGCUGAGGUGCAGCCCCUACAGGCAGUCUGCGGACACCUCCACCUGAGGGAAGGAGGUUGUUUUUGUCUGCUCAGCAGACCAGCAACACGAAAUCCAGUAAGUGAUCAGGACAUGAGGCCAAUUACCAUUGAGGGGUUUGUUUAUCAUUAAAACCUUUACAUGGCCUUGGUUUGAGGGGAUUGACCAAUACUUAUUAUGAGUCUAAAUAAUGAAGCUCUAUCUAAGAAAGUGAUUUAGAUUUGAGUUACUUUAUUUUGACUUAAUGUCUGUUUCCUGUACAAAUUGAGUAAAAAUACACCUUAUAGACUAAACUGGACGAUAGUCUUAAAUGAUUGCCACAAAUAAAAUUGAGUCUUUUUACCUAAA